AUGGUUGAGGGUACCUCAUUCCCAAACGGUAUCGAUGGGAAUGGUUGCAUACCCGAUCAGUUUAACGACACACUCCUUGAUGAUUUGGACAGACCUACUUUCCUUCGUCUUGCCAGUUUCAGCGUUUCGGCACUGGGCUGUCUGGCCAAUGUAAGCCUUCUUUUGGUGCUGAUCCGCCACAAAUCAAUGCACACUGCUGUCAAUAUCUACCUGGCUAAUCUGGCCGUCGCUGAUGUGGUGCUGCUGGCGCUUGGGUCUUUUGGCGUCUUGACUGACGUUCUCGAGUAUCUGCCCAGAGACUUCCUCGGCUGUGUCUACAUCGUGCUGACGGCGGUUCCAUUUAUCACGUCCUUACUGACAGUGUCUCUUUUGACUUUGGAGAGGUACUAUGCUGUGUGUCAGCCGCUGAAGCACAGGACCGUGUCCAGUUCGACCAAACGAAGCAUCAGACGGGUUGGCUUCGUUUGGUGCUGCAGUUUGCUCUACAGCUCCCUGACGCAUCUAGAGAAUGGUCUUUCUGGCAACGGGUGUCGAGCAGCUCUCCAAAGUGCACAGAAGGACUCAUGUGAUCAAACAGAUGAGCCCCAUCCCCUUUUCUACAGCGACAUCUGCAGACCUCUGCUAGCAAUUCUGUUGCUUUUCAUCAACUGUCUUCUGUACUUCAGAAUCAUCAGAAGGCUUAAAAAGAGUCUGCUUUUCCGCAACACUUUCGCCUCCUCGAUGCCUGUCUGGUUCAAGAACAUUCGCCAAUCGCGAAUCCGGAUGACCAGGAUGCUGGCGGUGAACACUUUCAUCUUUUUCACGUGCAACACCCCUCGGAUCGUGCUCGUAGUGAUCAACUUCGCCUGCGCCGUUGUCGAAUGGCCGCCGUUCGCGAAUGAAACGGCAACUGUCACCUCCAAUUCCCUGCUUCUGCUAAACUCUUGUGUCAAUCCGCUUAUUUACGUGCUUACAAACGAAAAAUACAGACGGGCAUUUCGGGAGGUGUUUCUACCAGCCUGCUGCAAGCCAUCGCCAGCCGGCAAAUCAAGAAAAGCAGUGAUUCAUCUCCAAGCACUGGAUGGCAGUAAUCCUCAAUCGGCCACCACAAAAUCCAUCGCCUGCAAAUGA